GUCAGACAUCUGUUCUGAGCCGACAGGAGCAGUGUCUCAGCAUCUCUCUACUGUAAGAGAAAGGCGCACCCGGUCAUCACCUCUCCUUUAUGACUACUGUUAUUAAAACUGCCUGGUUUCGUUAAGAGUGGUAUUUUUUCAGUUUCCAGGGUGCUCCAGUUUACUCGAUGACGGCCCUGUCGCUCUUUUUGCUGGCCGUGUCGGCCGCAUCGGCUCUCACUGAAUCCACCGUGUAUUUCCGAGAGCAAUUUGAGGAUGGGGAUGGCUGGAAUAGUCGCUGGGUGGAAUCCAAACACAAGAGUGACUAUGGGAAGUUUGUACUGACUGCAGGGAAAUUUUAUGGUGAUGCAGAGAAGGAUAAAGGUUUACAGACAAGUCAGGAUGCUCGGUUUUAUGCCUUGUCAUCACGUUUCGAUGACUUCAGCAACAAGGGCCAGCCUCUUGUCAUUCAGUUCACUGUAAAACAUGAGCAGAGCAUUGACUGUGGUGGAGGCUACAUCAAACUGUUCCCUUCUGGCCUUAACCAGGAGGAAAUGCAUGGAGAUUCCACUUACAACAUCAUGUUUGGUCCUGAUAUUUGUGGUCCUGGUACAAAGAAAGUGCACGUCAUAUUCAACUACAAAGGGAAGAAUCAUCUCAUAAACAAAGAUAUCAGAUGUAAGGAUGAUGAAUAUACCCACCUUUAUACACUGAUUGUAAACCCUGACAACUCCUAUGAGGUCAAAAUUGACAAUAAGAAGGUAGAGUCUGGCAGUCUUGAGGAUGACUGGGACUUCCUUCCUCCUAAAAAAAUCAAGGAUCCUGAUGCCAAGAAGCCUGAGGACUGGGAUGACAGAGAAAAGAUUCCCGACCCUGACGAUAAGAAACCUGAGGAUUGGGACAAACCUGAGAAUAUCCCUGACCCAGAUGCCAAAAAGCCUGAUGACUGGGAUGAUGAGAUGGAUGGAGAAUGGGAGCCACCUAUGGUCACCAAUCCUGAUUAUAAAGGUGAGUGGAAGCCCAGGGAGAUUGAUAACCCAGCAUACAAGGGCAAAUGGAUUCACCCAGAGAUUGAUAACCCUGAGUACACAGCUGACCCUGAGAUCUACAAGUAUGACAGCAUUGGUGUAAUUGGACUCGACUUGUGGCAGGUUAAGUCUGGGACCAUCUUUGACAACUUUCUGAUUACUAAUGAUCCUAAAUUGGCAGAGGAAGUGGGCACUGAAACAUGGGAUAAAACACGGGAUGCAGAAAAGAAAAUGAAGGAAAAACAGGAGGAGGAAGAGAGGAAGAUUCGUGAAGAGGAGGACAAGAAGAAGCGUGAGGAGGCAAAGGAGGCAACAGAGGAAGAUGAGAAGGAGGAAGAGGAGGAGGAAGAAGAGGAAGAAGAAGAGGAGGAGAGGGAGGAAGAUGAAGAUGAGGACGAUGAAGAGGACAGCACAGAUUCUCCACUCAAAGACGAAUUAUAAACUGUAGAAACUACUUCAGAGAGAAUCAUACUGCCUGUGUCACGUAGCUAUUCUACAGGUGCAGGUGGGACAAUUGUGAUGGACCCCUGAUCUGGGUGGGAUGGAAUUUUUUAAUUUGUUUACAAUGCCAGGGAAGUUGAAAAGGGCAGAUUAUUGUUAUAAUAAUUGCUAUUAUUAUUAUUAUUAUUAUUAUUACUAUUGACUUAAAGGAUGAAUUGGAUGGCUGAAAAUUUUAUAUCCAUCGGAUUUAUUUUGUAUGUAUUGGUGACAUGAAGAAUGGUUUCUGAAAUGCACAUGCUUUUUGCUUUUUUUUUGCUUUUUUUUUUUUUUUUUUUAAUACCUCAUACGUUUGCUUAUUUUAUAUUUGUGUAGUAUUUUAAUUUAGUCUCAAAUCUGUUCAUGUUUUUGUUUUUAAAUUAUACUUGGUGGCAUGGUAACACUGGUUAAGCCAUGCUGAUUUACUUUUUUCUCUGUGGUUCUGUGGUAAUACAUUGUUACUGAGGGUGAAUUUAUUUGCUAGUUUGUUUGUACUGUCUAGUUACCACUACUCUACUUUGUAUUACUGUGUGUUCCAAAAUAAUGUACUCAAACUAAAAUGCAAGUUCACCCCAGUAGCAGCAAAGCUUCCAUCCAUGUACUUGAUUAUUGUUCCUCACUUUAUCACUGUUGCAGAACAUAAGAUUUUUUGUAAAUCCACAUUUUAUACUAAUAAUAGUAAUUGAAGUGGGGUGAUUUCAGACUGCUGUGUACUAAAUGACUCAAUAAAAACAACCAGAAAGAUGUC